AUGGCAAGGAAACCACAACCGGUUACUGAAAUUUACUGCGUCCAUGUUAUUGACCCAGUACCACAUCCUUCGAAAAAUUUCACUAUGUACAAAGUUCGUAUUGAAAUUCAGCCGGUUUCUGUGGAUGGCAAGGUGGAAGUCAGAGAGUUCUACAAACGGUUUAGCGACUUUCGAAAAUUGCAAGAUACAUUGGGGCAUUAUUAUAGGCAGCUGUACCGUGCUGAAGCCUUUCCUUCCCUUCCUAGUGUGGGGUUUUGCAAGCGGGUUGAUCCCGCUAUGAUAGAACAACGUCGAACAGCUGCAGAACUUAUGUUACAAUUCAUCUAUGAACGGGACUAUCUAUACAACCACGCCCUUUUUAAGGAAUUUUGUUCAACAUCGUGUGACACAGAUGCUCCUUCA